AUGGAAAAUCUAACGAAACUCGAAUUCGCAGGUCUUGACAUCUCAGGAAAUAAUUAUAUUUCUUGGGCACUUGAUGCCGAGCUUCAUUUGGAAGCUAAAGGCCUCGGAAAAACUAUUACGGAAGGAAACAACGCGUCCAACCAGGACCGCGCUACGGCUCUAAUUUUCCUUCGCCAUCAUCUCCAUGAUGAUUUAAAAAGGGAAUAUUUGACAGUUAAAGAUCCAUUUACUUUAUGGAACUGUCUGAAAAAACGGUUUGACCACCUGAAGUUGGUCAUACUUCCAAAGGCUCGGAAUGAUUGGUUGAACUUGCGGCUGCAAGAUUUUCGAUCAGUGGCAGCUUAUAAUUCUGAUCUAUUUAAAAUUACCUCGACAUUAAAAUUGUGCGGGGAAAAUGUCACUGAUGAACAAAUGUUAGAGAAAACAUUUACAACUUUUCAUGCCUCGAAUAAUAAUGAGCUUUUGUUAAGAAACCAUGAAGCUCGUCAUGUUGGUUCCGCAGCGGUGCCUGAAGCACACGCUGCUACGCAUAUUAGACGAGGAAAUAAUCAUGGUAACAAACGCAAACAUGGAAAUGGUAAAGGAAACCAACGUGGGGGCUACAAAAAUGAACGGGGAAAGGGUGUUCGUUACCAGCCGUACCAACGGCCGCUAAAAAUUACGGAACCAAAGGAACCGAAGCAAGAAAAGGGAAAGGGUUCUUCUAGUCAACCUCCUCAUAAAAGUGUUUGCUAUCGGUGUGGCUUAACUGAUCACUGGCAGCGUACCUGUCGUACGCCAGAACAUUUUGUUAGGAUCUAUCAGGCGUCCCUGAAGCGACCUGCCGAAGACAUAGAAACAAAUUUAAUUGAAGCCAGUGCCCCCAGUACCAGUGAUACCCACUUGGAUGUAUCUGAUUAUCUCGUCGACCCUGAAGGUGGCGAGCCUAGUCAUUUUUCUUUUGAUGAGCUGUAG